AUGGUCUUGCGUGGGCUGAGGCUGAGGAGGUCGGCAGCCGCAUAUUUGAGCAGUGACGCAGCCAUGGCCCCUGAGAACUCCCUCAAUGUGCUGCUCUUACUCAUACAAGAACAAGACUGCCCAGAGCUCAGAGCUGGGAUAGACCAGAGAGAAGGAGAGGAAAGAAGGAGAGGAAAGAAGGAGAGGAAAGAAGGAGAGGAAAGAAGGAGAGGAGGAGAUAGCAGUAGACCACCCUCUGAACGCAGUCCUCGUGAAGGGCAGCUCACGUGGACUCAAGACUUCCGCAGACACAAACAAACGGCUAACGUCUUCCGUUAG